CAAACGUUCAAGACUUUGAAAACAAUAGCAUGAGGAAUUUCCUGCUUAAUUCUUACGAGUUUCAACAUAUAAUUGGCUGUUAAGGAAUUUAAAAUAACGAAUCUAACAAUCUAACUCUCUUUUUUUCCCUUCAAUAAUGUAUUCUUUUAUAUCUUUUAAUUUCAGUUCUUUCUUCUUUACAUUUUUUCUCUUGUUUGGGUCAUUAACAGCAUUGUCACCGACCACCUCCUCUCCUUCUUCUUCUUCUUCUUCUUCCCAACUUAUUAUUGACUCCACAGCAGAAUUUCAGGGUUACACUGCAAUAUCAGAGUUUAGGUUAUUAAACAGAAGAACUUUAUUUCAAUGUAUUGACCCAAAUCCAUUUCUUCAAGUGAAUAUCAGUGCAGGUUCUGGUUCGGGACUUUCAGAUGAUGAAAAUGUAACAGUCACAGUUAGUGGAGUUUUAAAUCCUUCUCAUUUGGAUUGGGUUGCCAUGAUCUCACCUUCAUCUUCCAGUGUCAGAGAUUGUCCUCUGAAUAAAGGAUACUACAUUGGGACUGGAGAUAUUAGUGAACUACCUCUUCUCUGCCAUUAUCCUGUAAAGGCUCAGUUGUUAAGCAAUGAUCCAGAUUAUAUGGGUUGCAAGAAGCAAGAAUGCAAGAGAUACAGAAAGGGGAUCUGUAAAUUAAAUGCUUGUGUUGGUUCACUAACAUUUCAUGUCAUUAACAUCAGAACUGAUAUAGAGUUUGUGUUCUUCACAAAUGGGUUUGAUGCACCUUGCAUUUUAAAAAGAACAGGCACUGUCAGCUUUGCUAAUCCCAAAAGCCCCUUGUAUGGUCAUCUGUCCAACAUAGAUUCAAAGGGAGAAUCGAUGAGACUAACAUGGGCAAGUGGAGACCAGCAACCUCAACAAGUUCAAUAUGGGAAUGGACAAUCCCAAACAUCACAAGUUGCUACUUUUACAAAAAAUGAUAUGUGGAGUGGGACGAACAAGAACAGGACACACCACUUAGUAGCUACUCCAUUAAAGAGCCCAGCUGCGGAUUUUGGGUGGCAUGACCCUGGCUACAUUCAUUCCGCAGUGAUGACAGGACUUCAGCCUUCAACCUCUUAUUCCUAUAGAUAUGGAAGUGAUUCAGUGGGUUGGAGUGAUAAAAUUCAAUUUCGAACCCCACCUGCUGGAGGAUCACCGGAGCUCAAAUUCAUCGCAUUCGGAGACAUGGGAAAAGCCCCACGUGAUGGCUCUGCCGAGCAUUACAUUCAGAAAGGAUCAAUAUCAGUAGUUGAUGCCAUGGCCGAAGAAGUUGCUUCAGGCAAUAUUGACUCCAUUUUCCACAUUGGAGACAUAAGCUAUGCAACAGGUUUCUUAGUGGAAUGGGACUUUUUCCUUCACCAAAUCAUGCCUGUGGCAUCACAUAUUUCCUAUAUGACUGCAAUUGGCAACCAUGAAAGAGAUUAUAUAAACUCAGGAUCGGUAUACAUAACUCCUGACUCAGGUGGAGAAUGUGGAGUGGCUUAUGAAACGUAUUUUCCUAUGCCCACAAGUGCUAAGGACAAACCAUGGUACUCUAUAGAGCAAGGUCCUGUUCAUUUCACUGUAAUUUCUACUGAGCAUAAUUGGAGCCCCAACUCUGAACAGUACCUUUGGAUGGAAAAGGAUCUGGCUUCAGUGGAUCGAUCAAGAACUCCUUGGUUAAUUUUCACUGGACACCGGCCUAUGUAUUCAUCAAUACCAGGAGGACUAACUCAAAGUGUGGAUCCUAGGUUUGUUGCAGCAGUAGAGCCUUUACUAAUAAACAACAAAGUGGAUCUAGCAAUGUUUGGCCAUGUCCAUAACUAUGAAAGAAUGUGUGCUGUUUAUCAAAAUGAAUGCAAGGGCAAGCCUACAAAAGACACAAAUGGAACUGAAACAUAUGAUAAUAGCAAUUACAAUGCUCCGGUUCAUGUGAUCAUUGGAAUGGCAGGAUUUGCAUUGGACAAAUUUCCUCUCAAAGUUGGUAGUUGGAGUUUGGUUAGGAUUUCUCAAUUUGGAUACACAAGAUUUCACGCAACAAAGGAAGAGCUAAAAGUUGAGUUUGUGAAUUCAGAGAAAAGAACAGUUGAAGAUAGUUUCCGCAUCAUCAAAAGCUAGAAUUACUAUGCUUUUUUGCUCACUAGAAGUUGCAAUUUUUUUUUUCUUGAGAAAGAGAGAGAGAGAGGUAAUACAUUCUACAUUCAAAAGAGAAAUAUUAAAACUGCAAAUAAGGUACAACCUGA